AUGCGUGUCUCCGUCAGCAGCCUUCUCGUCUUAACUCUUUCUGCCCUCGGCAAAGCGGCUCCUGUACAGGAUGACGUGCCGGCCCUCCCUAACGGUGCCUUCACUGGCAUCAACAACGCGGACGGCACUACCACUCUCACCUUCGUCGACACCAACGAGGUGUUUACCUUUAAGCCUACUGCCCCGCCGCCGCUCCAAUCCCGCAAUGAGGGCCUCAACUCGCGCGCUGCUAUCGGUCCCACCGACUGUUGGCGCUUCCAGGGCGCUCUGAACCGACAAGGAGUCGACAGUGGCGUCCAGCACCCGCUCCUGUUCGGAAAGACCAUUUCGGGUACCGCUGUCUGCUUGGGCUCCUAA